AUGGUGAAAAUCGAAGUGAAAACUGAGAUGUUUGAGGACACCGAACCUGAUAAGCACCGUCGCGUGAUUAGCUCCGUCGAAGACGUAGACAGGAAGUUCAAGAGAACCCUCCUCUGCGUCGCGAAACCGUCUUACCUCCUGGGUAUCCUUGGGCGAAGAACUAGCCGAAGCGAGUAUCUCAAAAAGUUGCCCAAGAUCCUCCUCGAGCUGCUCCGCCAAAGAAACUGGAGAGACGCGAGCAGUGUGCUCAGCGUUCUGAUGCAAGGUACGAUGAGAGAUGGUUCUCCGGCGAUGAAUCGGCUCAAAUACGAGGCUCAUAUACAGAUUGUGAGUCACUUGCAACCUUACAAGAACAAAGCCGACGAGAUUGGGAGAAUCUAUGAUACUUGGAUCGGGAAGAUUGGUAAACAGCAUAAAGAGUUCUCUGUGAUUGAAUACUGUUCUAAGGCUUCGAGACUAACCAUUUUGAGUUUACCUGGUAAUUUGGAACAGGAGAGGCUCUUGGUUUGGUUCAAACAGAUUUGCCAUUUUAUCGAGCAUGGGAUGGAUCGUGAGGCCUAUGAUGCUACAACCAGCAUGAUGCAGAGCCGUGAUUUGGGGAUGCUUCCACGGGCUAAUCUGUAUAUAGGGAUCACGUUGUUCAGACUGUGGUGUCGUAAAUUCCAGGUGGAGUUACACCCUGAAGACGGAGACUGCAGCGAGAGCAUAUCCAGUAUGUCGGAAUCAAGGUCUAAUAGUGUUACGGUUAAGUGUUCAGUCAGGGACAAGACGUUUUACUCUGUGGAGUCCGAGUCCGAAGGUUCUGUUGUGAACGAGUCAUCGUCUUCGGUCAUGAAUUAUAAAAGGACUUCACAUAUGUCAAACUGUGACUCAGCGACAGUGAUGGAUAUGAAGGUGAAGCUGGAGAAGAUCAAACUGGAGGAGAGUACUCAGCAGUUUAUCGACCAGCCACGAUUCUACGCCACCUCUGAAGAAAACGAAGACUCUUUGAAAGACGGAGUUGCAUUUGAUCCCGCUCUUAUUGAAAUCCUUGGGGACAUGGAUCCAUGGUUGCUUCCUUUGUCACCGCCAAAAGAUCCUGAUUGUUAUAGAAAGAUGGUCAAUGAUUUUUACUAUAAGGAAUCAGUGAGAUAUUUGCGGCUUACUAUGCAGUCUCCUCGUCAUGUAUCUUUAGCUGCAUUACAUCCACUUGUACAGCUUCUGUUAAUUGGAGGUCAUGUAGAUGAGGCGAUGAAAGUGGUCGAGGAGAUGUGCAAUAAAGUACAUGACAUCAAACCUUUGAGGAUUAAGGCCGCUAUGAUGGAGAAGUUUCAGCGUAAGAGCGACAUGCUCGCAAAAUGCUACGAAGACAUCUUAAAGAUUGAUCCUAAUUGUGUAACUACCCUGAAGAAGCUUAUUGGAAUGUGCAUAGAAGAUGUGUAUAGUAGAGAGUCGCUGAUCGAAAUGAUAGCAUUGCAUGUAGAAGCUUCUUUUCCAGAGCCCGAAAUCUGGAAAGAGUUUGCCUCUUGCUUGCGUCUCUUCUUUGAGGAUAUUGAUGAAGACCGAAUGUCGAUAUGCCUCGACGGCUCUGGAGAAGAAAGGAUUCAACAAACCUACUCUGUUCGAUACAACCCGAAUCCUAAAAUGUUCACCGAUACAUCAUGGAUCCUGCGGGCUAAGUCGUGGCUAAACCGACAUUUCUCCCCGGAGAUGCUCGAGACAGACAUAAAAAAGCUCAAGGCAGGAACACAAAACGGAGAUAUGGAGAUGAUGAGAUUGGUGAGUUACAAAGCGGCAUGUGCAAGUCAUAUCUACGGACCAGAGUUUGGUUAUGUAACAAAAGUGUACGGUCUGCUUGAGAAUCAUAGUAACAACAUAGAUUUUUUGAAGAAUGAUAGCAACAGUUUAGAAUUAUACAACUUUUUGCGAGGACAGAGACAGAAAUGGAACAGGAUUUACAGUUUAGAAUAA